AUGAAUAUUGACAAUACGACAAAUACAACAACUAAUAUACAACUUGUACAAGGACAACAACAUAGACGGAAGAAAAAAUGCUAUGGUAAUCGGAGCGAUCAACGUUUUCGAAAGCGUUGUCGUAAUCAAAAAAUGAGCGAAGAACAGAUAGAACAAUUUGUUAACCAACGAAUAAAUGCUCGUAAAACAAAUCCACCAUAUCAAGCUGUUGCUAAUAGACAACAGAUGAAUACAACAGUGUCAAAUAUAUCUAUCGGACAUGAAUUACCAUUAAAUGAAAAUAGAACAACAACGACUAUAAAUAUAAAAUCCAAUAAACGUAAAAAAGAUGCUAUAUCAAAAGAAAAAACAUAUAAUGUUCCUAAAUCAACGAGUACAUUAUCAGUUCUUCAACCGUCAACAAAGAAGAUGAAAAAGAAAAACAAGAAAAGACGACGACGACGACGACAACAAAGAACAAGAAAAAUGAAGAAAAUUAUUAAAAAUAAGAAUUAUCAACCAUCAGGUUAUUUAAGGGCAUCCUCUCAAGCGUUAAUGAACACUUUAAGAAAACAUCUAAAUCAUCCUCUUAAAAAAAGAAACGAACAAAAAUUCGUCUAUUCGCGAUUACAUCUGUUCGAUGAAGAAUUUGCUUUAGAUCUUAAUCGAUAUUUAUGGCAAUCAUAUUUGGAAAUUGGAUCACAACAACAACAGCCACAAAUCUGGCCAAAUGAAGUUUAUAGAGCAGCCAAAACCAAUGAAUCUAAUUUAUGUCAACAAUAUAUCGUAGAUUCUUUAAAUCAAUCAAAAACUUACCUUGAUCUAUGCUAUGCUAAAUUAAAUACGCAAGCUCAGUCAUGGAUAUCAACACUUCCUUCGCUGGACAUACUCGAUGAUAAUCUUAAGAAAUUUGUUCGCCAACAAAAAAAACAUUCAUCAACAAGAAUAAAUAAGCAAUUAAAACAAUAUAAAGAUGUUCUAGAAGAAAAAAAAUCAUUUCAACAAAUAUCACUCUAUCUAACACCAAACGAUCGAAUACUUGUGGAUGAAUUAAUUAACUUGCAACAGCUACAGAUGCAACUUAUGGAAGAAUUUGCUAUGUUAGAACAACGAAUUAUUUGUAAAUUAUUACCUCAAAACUUCGAUUCUAUAGACAAUUUAAUUAAACCUCCUCUUUAUACACCUUUACUUCAGGAUGUGACAUCGAUUGAGUUCAAAAUUCAACAUUACAAGAUUAUACAACAAAUAAAACGUACAUGGUUAAAUAUUUACUUUAAUGCUUAUGAAAAGAAGAUUCAAGAAUAUGAAGAACAAUACAUUGAAAAGUUACAUAAUCUUCAACUACGAUUUGAAUGUAAAAAUAAUGUCAAUCGAAUAUUUCAUCUCAAUUCAAUCAAAACUUAUCUACAUAAUCGAAAACAACGAACGAUUCAACAGAUCUAUAUCGAUAUGUCAGAUUAUCGAAAAAAAUUACUAAAUUAUCGUAAACGUUCAUCAAAAGCAAAGAAAACUAUAGAUGUAUCUCCAAAACCAAUUUUCUAUCUAUUAUUUAAUCCUUUCAAUGAUCAGGAACGUGAUUAUCUUUCUAAAGGUAAAUAUAGAUCAUGUGUAGCUCAUCUCAAUAGUUAG